GAUUCGUCUGAGGCCCAUUGGCGGAGUUUUUAACGAACUUCACAAGCAAAACCCAAGACGGGCCAAAACCCCAUUCUCUCUCUCACUCCUUUAUAUUCUCUCUUCUCAAUACUUUGCCUCUCCAAAGUCGCGUCUCAGAGAGCUCUGUAGUAGGUGGCCUUCAGCAUCUUCAAGAGUUUGUGAGAUGGCGGCAACAUCAGCAGCGGCUACCUUUUCCAUCGGAACCACCUGUUCCCUUGGCCACAAAGCAGUCUCAUUUCCACAGUCAAAGCCUUGUGCUUUGAGGUUCAACUCCCAAAACCCUCUUAAGAGUUCUUUCAAUGGCCUCAAGGCAACUACAUCUCUCGCUUGUGAAUCUGAGACCUCUUUCUUGGGCAAAGAAACCACCGCAGCUCUUCGAGCUUCUUUUGCUCUAAAAGCCCACAAGGGAGCCCAGGUGGUUCAAACUCCGUUUCAACCCCAGGCCUCUUAUAAAGUAGCUGUUCUUGGAGCUGCUGGAGGGAUAGGUCAGCCCCUGGCUCUUUUGAUCAAGAUGUCCCCUUUGGUCUCUGACCUGCAUUUAUAUGAUAUAGCAAAUGUCAAGGGUGUUGCUGCUGACCUCAGUCACUGCAACACUCCCUCCCAGGUUCUUGAUUUCACCGGAGCUGCUGAGUUAGCCAAUUCAUUGAAAGGUGUGGAUGUGGUGGUCAUACCUGCUGGUGUUCCAAGAAAGCCCGGUAUGACCCGUGAUGACCUCUUCAAUAUCAAUGCCGGCAUUGUGAAGAACUUAGUUGAGGCUGUGGCUGAUAACUGUCCCGAGGCCUUCAUCCACAUUAUUAGUAAUCCGGUGAACUCCACGGUGCCAAUUGCUGCAGAAGUGCUGAAAAAGAAGGGUGUUUAUAACCCAAAGAAGCUCUUUGGUGUUACUACCUUGGAUGUUGUGAGGGCAAACACAUUUGUUGCUCAGAAGAAGAAUCUAAAACUGAUUGAUGUUGAUGUCCCAGUUGUUGGUGGACAUGCUGGGAUAACCAUUCUACCCCUUCUAUCAAAGACAAAACCCUCAGUCAGCCUCACUGAUGAAGAAGUUGAAAAGCUAACCGUAAGGAUUCAAAAUGCUGGAACCGAGGUUGUAGAGGCAAAGGCUGGUGCUGGAUCUGCUACAUUGUCAAUGGCAUAUGCAGCAGCUAGAUUCGUCGAGUCAUCUCUGCGUGCACUGGAUGGAGAUGGGGAUGUCUAUGAGUGCUCUUAUGUAGAGUCUGAUCUGACAGAGCUUCCUUUCUUUGCAUCAAGGGUUAAGCUUGGAAGGAAAGGGGUUGAAGCUUUGAUACCAUCUGACCUCCAAGGUUUGACAGAGUAUGAGCAGAAGGCUUUGGAAGCACUUAAGCCGGAACUGAAAGCCAGCAUUGAAAAGGGUAUUGCAUUUGCCAACAAGCAAGCAGUGACUGCUUAGAUCGCUAGCAUCUGAAGCUCCUAAAACCUCAUUCUAAUGAAUGCCUUAUAGAGGGUUAUAAAGAAACCUGGUUAUUUUUUUUGCAUCGGUACUUUUAAGUUUUGUAGAAUGAAUUUGAUAUCCUCUCAUUUUUCCAUGUUGAAGCAUUGUUGGGAAGAAAUAUAGAGUUGCCUCUGUUGUUGUAGAUUGAAGAAUGUAGCCUUGCCUUUCUCUUGGGGAAUAUGUAGUGACAGUUUUGAAAUAACUUGGCUGGUCGAUUGUUAGUUCUUAGGAAUAUCAUGUAUUUCUCUCCUCUGGCGUGUAUGCUAGACUUGAGCUAGUCACUGUCAAAUAAUUCUAAGAAUGUUUUUUUUAA